AGGGAAACCGAGGCUGGCCGUCAAAAAAUUGCUAAGGGAAUCACGGAGUAUAUUGUAUAUUGGAGCUGGAGCCCGCGAAUCUGGACAUGUUUAAAAUUCGGCCUCACAAUCCAAUACCACACGUCCACACCAUUUUAAACCUCAGCUUCAAAGCUCAAGCCUUCAACAAUGGCGUCUUCUAGAGCUUGCAUUUCUCGAAUUCCCUUACUUCGUUCAUCUUGUCUCUCCUCUUCACUCCUUUUCUCUUCUCUCUCUUCUCCAAUGUCCACUUCCCGCAGAUUUAGUCGUCUCUCUGCUUCUCUCUCAACCCAAGACUCAAAUACUCAUCAUUCUACUGAACAAGUUCUCAUUCCCAAAACUAUGAGACCCAGUUGGAAACCCUUGUGCUUGUAUUAUACUCAAGGAAAAUGCACCUUGAUGAAUGAACCUUUCCAUCUGGACAUGUUCAAUCACAAUUGCUCUGUGCCCCUUGAAGAAAAUAUUUCUAAAUCUGAAAAGUUGCGCUCACAGAAUAUAGAUUUCUUUCUGGUGCUCGAUUUGGAAGGAAAAGUUGAAAUACUUGAAUUCCCAGUUAUGAUAAUUGAUGCUAAAACACUGCAGGUUGUUGAUUUCUUCCACAGGUUUGUUAGGCCUACAAAGAUGAGUGAGCAAAGGAUAAAAGAAUACAUUGAAGGAAAAUAUGGGAAAAUAGGUGUUGACCGUGUUUGGGAUGAUACAGCUAUACCUUUUAAAGAUGUCAUUCAAGAAUUUGAGGCUUGGAUCACUGGUCAUAACUUGUGGGAAAAGGAGAGUGGUGGAUCCCUAUCUAAAGCUGCGUUUGUGACUUGUGGCAACUGGGACAUCAAAACAAAAAUUCCUCAGCAAUGUCAAGUAUGUGGCAUGCAAAUCCCCCCUUAUUUCAUGGAGUGGAUUAAUUUGAAGGAUAUCUACUUGAACUUCUAUAAUAGAACGGCCAAAGGAAUGAGGACCAUGUUGGAUCAACUUGAAAUCCCAUUAUUGGGAAGUCAUCACCUGGGUAUCGAUGACACAAAGAACAUAGCAAGGGUUGUACAACGGAUGCUGGCAGAUGGUGUAUUGAUGCAGAUUACUGCCAGGCGGAGUCCUGCAGAUCCCAGAAGUGUUGAUUUUCUUUUUGAAAACCGCAUUAGGUGAAGAUCAGUUGGAUUUACAACUGAUUGCUGCAGUUGAAUCUGUCAUGCUAAACUAGAAGAUAUGUGAGAUAGCAACUACUGACACCAGUGGAUUCUUUCAUAGGAAAAUUUGGAGCUUCUAGUUUAAAUCUUGAGGGAUGCAUACUUGCAUUGUAUAUGUAAUGGGAGAAGGUGUCGUAUUGAUGUUGCAUGAAUCCAAACCUUUUGUCCCACUUUCUAUAUUCUAUAUAAAGCCUUUUAUUGA